GACGGCUCAUUCAUUCUUACUUCCCCACACUUUCCUGGCCCCUCCGACCUUCCGCCAAUCCUCCUCCCCUUCGCUCCUGAAUCACUGUCUGAACAGCCUUCCCGGGAUCCUCUUGUCUUUCUCCCCUGUGCCCUGAACAGCUAGUGAUCCAUUUGUUGGCCUGAUCCACUCUUUACGAAAUUCUAUAUACACACUGCAGUCAUGACAGAACCAACCCUUGAGCAGACCGUUCCUGAGACUGCCGUUGCUGCCGAGCAAGAGAUUCAAGAGAUCGAAGACGCUGGUGCCGAGGAGUUCUACCAGAUCACGAUCAACCUUCCCAACAAGGGUGGCAAAGUCCAGGUCAUUGCAAGCCCUCAUGAAGCGAUCCAGGAUGUUCGUCAGUCGAUCGUCGAGUCCACAGAGACCUGCAUCCAUUCCUGCUUCUCUCUCGCAUUUAAUGGCACAAAAUUGAAUGACUUUAUGGAGCUGGGAGAUGUUGAGGGAAUCACACCUGACAGCGAACUAGAGCUUGUCCUCAACAACUACACGGAACGCGAGGCAAGGAUCCACGUCAACCGCCUGCGCGAUCUGCUUGCUGGACCUGCGAAGCUGAAUAUCAACGCUGUCGGCAUCGAUCCCGCCAUGUCCUUCUUGUCGACCGUAUCUGGCCAUGUCGAGGAGACGCCCAUCGACAAUUCGACUUAUGAGACCACACCCGCGACUGUAUUCUCCAAGUUCGAUCUCAAUGCGUCUACAGCUCUUUCGGAUUUUGUGCCCAGGGGUCUGGAGAGAACGCCUGUUCAGUGUGUCAAGAGCAUUGCCCUAUCUGGAUGGAACCCUCCUCCACACCAUCUCAGACUUCGUGGAGAUCUCAUGUACCUGAUCGUCACCACCCUGGAGGGCGAAACUGUUCAGAUUACAUCUACUGCCACUGGAUUCCAUGUCAACAAGUCAACCUCCAACCACUUUGAUCCAACGCCUCGCCAGGAUGCAAAGGCUGCCAGCGACCACUCUUUGAUCGUUCUGCUGGAGAAGGUCUCGCCCAUGUUUGCCACGAACUUCAAGAAGCUACAGGAGUUCAUCACCCGCCACCACAUGCUCGAGGUUCUCCCCGUCACGACAGCUCAGCCUGCUUAUCCUUGGGCCAUUCAGCCUGCCCCCCACACCUUUGACCCCACUCGUCCCUCUGAGGCGUAUCUCAACUACGGAACGGACUCUGUUGACAGCUUGCGCGACUGGAACGACGAGAUCCAAUCCCACCGUGAGCUCCCCCGCGCCAACCUUCAGGAGCGCGUCAUGCGGGAUCGUUUUUUGAACAAGAUCAACGCCGAUUUUGCUGACGCUGCAGUUCGUGGUGCUAUGGAUGUUGUCAACGGCAAUGUUGUUCCAUUGAACCCCCUGGAGGGGGAGGAAUCCCACAUGUACGUCUACAACAACAUCUUUUUCAGCAAGGGCUUUGAUGGACGCAACACAUUCGAGAAGCUGGGUGGCGAUGAUGCAGCCCACGUUGCCACUGGCAAGGAUUUGGAGGGUGUUCGUGCCUUGAAUGGAGUCGAUGUCGAAGGUCUUUACACUCUGGGAACCGUUGUGGUCGAUUACAAGGGUGUUCGUGUUGUUGCCCAGUCGAUCGUUCCUGGUAUUUUCAGGCAGCAAGAGGAGUCUUCGAUCGUCUAUGGCUCGGUGGAUAAUGGUCCCCAAGUUAAGUCGGACGAGAAGUUCCACGAGAUCUUGGGCCAGGCCGCUAAGGCUCUGCACCUGGCUGAGCACGCUGUCGAAAAUGGCGAGGACAAGUCCACCAACCUCUGGACGUCUUUUGACACCAAGGGCCUUAUGGGUGCUGAUGGCCGUCGUUACCUCCUCGACCUCUACCGUCUCAACCCUGUCGAUAUCGAGUUCUUGGAGAACGAUGUUGCUGCCAAGGACGGCAUGCCUGAAUACCCGCACAAGAUGACUUUGAUGAGACCUGAGUUGAUGCUGUUGUUCUGGGAGCACAAGCUGCGUGCGUGGGUCCAGGAGCGUGCAUUGCAGAUCCAGAAGCGCGCUGAGGAGAAGAAGGCCCAGGAAGGCAAGUCCGAGGCCAAGGAUGGAAAGACUGAGGAGAAGACUGAGAAGACCGAUGUUAAGAAAGAGGACGAGCCUACUGAGGCCAAGAAGGAGGACUCCAAGGAGGAGGCAGCAGCUCCUACCAAUCCUGAGGAUGAUGUCAACAUUCUUGACUUUGACCUCUCUUUCAAUGUCGAUGCCUUUACUUCUGUCAAGACCCCUGCCGAGAGUGCCAGCGCCAAGGCAGAGCAGGAGAACGCUGUCCGUGAAGCAUCAAAGUUUUUGCGCGAGAACGUCAUUGGCGUCCUGCUCCAAGACUUUACGGCAUACAUUGUGUCGCCCAUUGACGGUGGCUCGCUGACCAAGGCCAUGCAUCGCCGGGGUAUCAACAUGAGAUACCUUGGACGUAUUGCCACCUUAGCCAAGGAGAGCAAGGAGUUGGCUUUGGUCCAUAUCCACUACUUGGCCAUGCAGGAGAUGGUGGUCCGAUCUGUUAAGCGCAUCAUCCGCAAGGCCCUUCGCGGUCUGCCCACGACUCACAUUCCCGACUGCAUCUCUCAUAUCCUGAACUGCUUGCUGGGUCAUGAGGUCAAUGCCAGCCCUGUUGCCACACUGGCCCAGGACGGACAUUCAUAUGCCGCGUUCACCCCUGAAAGCCUGCGCGAGAGCAUUCAGAACGAGGUUUUGUUGCGUUACCGCUUCCGAUUGCCUGAGGACUUUGUCAAGAACAUCGCCAAGGAUAAGAAGAUUGCCCUAUUGAGAGACAUCUGUCUCCGUGCCGGUAUCCAGGUCGAGGCUCGUGAUUAUAUCUUUGCCCCUGCUACAGAUUCUGAGGCCACUCCCGCUACCGCUGAUGCUUCGCCUGCUGUUACUGCUACUUCUCUUCCCAAGAAGGGCAAUAAGCAGAACAAGUCUGAGAAGAACCAGGAGAAGCAGGCCCGCAUUGUCGCCAAGUCCAAGAAGCGCGCCACGACCUUUGAACCCAGCGAUAUCCUCACUCUCCUGCCACUCGUCAAGCAGGCCUCGACUCGUUCAAGCUAUGCAGAUGAGGCCUUUGAGGCCGGCAAGACCAGCCUGGCCCAGGGUCAUCGUCAGCUGGGAUUGGAAUUGUUGUUGGAGUCCUUGGCGCUACAUGAGCAGACGUAUGGUUUCUUGCAUCCGGAGACUGCGCGCUGCUACCAGGCAUUGGCGAUGAUCUACUACCACUCGGAUGAGAGGGACGUUGCUCUGGAGUUCCAGCGCAAGGCGGUCAUCGUGUCUGAGAGGACAUUAGGAGUGGAUUCACCCGAGGCGUUGCACAACUACUUGAAUUUGGGUCUGUUUGAGCACGCGUCAGGUCGCACGCUGACGGCGCUCAAGUAUCUGAAGCACGCUAUCCAGUACUGGGAUCUGAUCUAUGGCAAGAACCACCCGGAUUCGUCGACGGCCGAUAACAACAUUGCGGUGAUGCUGCAGUCGCUCCGGGACUUUGAUAACUCGUGCCUGUUCUUCGAGCGGGCCAAGGAGACGCAGGAGUUGGCACAUGGCAAGGAACAUGUUAUUGUGGCGAACUGCCACCAUGUCCUUGCCAAGGCCUAUGCUCUCAAGGGCGACUUUGAGACGGCGGUCAAAGAGGAGCAGCUUGCCUAUGACAUGUUUUUGAAGCUUGCCGGCGCUGAUGAUGUAAGGACAAAGGAGGCGGAGCUGUGGUUGCAGGAGCUGAAGAACACGGCCGAGUUCACAGUGAACCAGGCGUUGUACGAGAAGGCAGCGUUGGAGCAGCAGCAGCAACAGCAGCAGGCGAUUAACCGGGCGACGUCGCUGUCGGCGACUGCGGCAGCGGCAGCGACCAAGGCAGCACUUGCAGAGGCGGCCAUCCGGGCAGCGAAUGCAGAUGCGCAGGUGGGAUCGAAGGGUCACUUGUCGUUGAAUGAGUUGCUGGACUAUAUCAACAGCCAGCCCCAGGGAUCUUCGAGUGGAAAGAACAAGAAGAGCAAGGCGAACGCGGCCAAGCGUGCUAUCAGCAAGAAGUAAAAGAAGAGGCAGGCACGCGUGUAUAGACCAACCAAGGGAGGGAUCGAUUGAUCCCACUUGUGUGCGUGUUCUUUUCUCCC